AUGGCUGCGCCUGACAACUAUCAUAAUGUUCCCCUUCAUGAUCUGGAUUCACCUCCCUCGCACGACAGGGCAUAUCGCAGCUGGACCGAAGAACUUGCCAACAGACCCGGCUCGAUACCAUCCUACACGCCUAGUCUGCCUGCAAGGCCUGUGAAAAGGAAGGAUUACUGGAAGACGGUUGUCCUCGCGAUCCUGGCUAUCGUCGUGGUGGGCCUGGUCAUCUUUGCUGUGGCCAAGGUUGCCCAGCCGCACGCAAAGCAAGCAGAACCACAGCCACGAUCUUCGCCGCCGCUGCUCGGAAAUCUCAUGACGGAGACCAUCACUGCCUCAACAACUCCUGUGUCGAUAGCAACAAGCACGGCGUCAUCCACAUCGACAAUGAUUACUACCAUUGUUGUUACUGCCUCGACUGUCGAGACCAGCUCCAAUUUGGUACAAACGGUCGUGACGCCCUCCCCAACAGUUUUCACCACUACCGCUAGAGUAACAAGCACUGCCAUAAGCACUUCCGCGGUCACAGAAUCCCAGACCAUAAGUCCGAGCCAAGAUCCAGAGCCAUCGACAAUCACCAAGUCAGCUACGGAGUCCGCUACCGUGACUACUACAGCAUCUGCUUCGACGCAGACUACCACAGCCACAACGGAGGUUCCAGAGCCGACGACUACCAGUACGAAGACUGUGCACAAGACGACUACUUCUGCAUCAGUGGACGUCGUUACUACGAUCAAGCCAUCGACUAUCACCAACCAGGCUACCGUGACUGCUACGUCAACGGAGAGAGCGAAGCGAGGGCUGGUAUCUACUUCCGGCGCCUCGAGUGAGGGCUUUCCAACCGACUUGCGUCAUGCGUUCGAGGCUAGCAGCAGAUCUGUCUUUCACAAGUUCCAUGCACGCUAUCUCAAGAUGAUCACCAAAACAAGAACGCAUACCACAACUUCCCUCAGCACCUCCACGUCCACCGACGUCUCGCUGACCAGGAUCACGGUGACGACGACUACGACCUCAGUGACCACUGAGCCAGGUCCUACCGCUGCGGACCCACGACCCGAUGAAACUGGCCGGCCUGCCAAUACUCCUGGUGGCGAGCCCGCAUCGUCCUCGAGCCCAGCUCCCACUCCACCACCUCCACCACCUCCGUCACCAGCCCCAGAGUCAGGAGCUGCGAGCAAAACGGAGAGCAGUCUCAAAACAGUCACGACCCACUGCGUCUGGCAACACGAGCAUUCGGUCUGUUAUCCCAAUCGGGCGGUGUCGCUGGAGUAG